AUGGAUAGCAACAGACAGCUGACUUUGCCUGGUCAUACACCCUCGCCUCUGUCCGUCGGAGCGCUGCAGGUGCCUGCAUCUCUUCUGCGUCCUCCACCUCUCUUCCUACGCGCCGCGGCCGCUGCAGUUUGCACUCCGACACUGGAGAGGGGCUACCCCAGAACCCCGAAAUGCGCGAGGUGCAGAAACCACGGUGUCGUGUCCGCUUUAAAAGGACACAAGCGCUUCUGUCGUUGGAGAGACUGUGUGUGCGCAAAGUGUACACUGAUUGCCGAGAGACAGAGAGUUAUGGCGGCACAGGUGGCUUUGCGGAGGCAACAGGCGCAAGAGGAGAGCGAGGCCCGGGAGUUGGGGCUCAUGUACCCCGGGACUGGACCGUCUGAAACCGAGAUGGCUCUAACCAACCCGAGACACAGUUCGGGAAGUAUGAACUCGGAUGUGUUCGGCAAUGAAGAGCGGAAUGGAGAGGAAGAGAAACUGAACAAAUACAACAUUUAUAACGGAUUUCUGGGCCGACCUCUGUUUGCGCACCACGCGCAGUGUUUAACGUCUCCGACGGGGAAAAACGACACCGUGUUCGCACGGGAUAAGAACCACGGAGAGUUCAACAAAGCGAGUGGCAACCAGUCCCCCGGGUUCGACCAAAUGUCCGAUCACACCUUAAGUCCAAGGUCGAUGUCAUCCUCGGAUCUGGAGUCGGGCAGUGAGUCGGAGAAACCAAAGGACUACUCUCUUGUUGACCUUAAAGGUCCUGCCACCACCAGCAAAGACCGAGACCCGAUCGAAGUCUUGAUCAAAAUUUUCCCUCAUCUGAAAAGGGACACUCUGGAAUCGGUUCUGAGGACCUGCAUGGGCGACAUUGUGAAAGCUAUUGAACUAGUUCUUACUUCUAAAGAAAACAAGAACUCUAAUGACUUGGUUAUACCCGUGUCCGAAACCACCGCGACCUCACGACCUACCACUAUCUGCCUGGCAGGCUCGCCUGUUGGCACUCUGAAUGCCAAAUCAGCUUUCUCUCCCUUGCAAACAACAUCUGCCAACACCAUGGUGAGCGAAAGUGCGUAUGGAUUGAAUUCUCGUUUUGGUAUAAACCCUUUGCGUUUGGCUUAUUCGACCUCCGGCGCGCUACCGAGUUUCAUAUCACCAUACCUGACUCCAGGGCUCCUGCCAGGCCUACCCCUGCGGCCGACCGUAGACUACCCCUUCCCCGGCAUGAUCCGUGACUUCCCCUACGUACAAUCCAAAGACUCCUUUAGCAACACUGGCCUCUUCUCCCGUCUUAGCAACGACAAAUGA